CAUAGGUGGACAGUGCAGAGGGAGAAGCAGCUGGAAGUACGCAAACCGUGACCUGCAAAUGCUUAUUAGAUGCAUUUUUACGAAAGACCAAAGGAAAACACGCGCAAUCGUGAGGACUGUAAAGCGGUUAUAUGCAUGGACAUAAAGGGUUCUGUAAAGCUCUGAAGAUUAGAGAUUUGCUGGUUCGCUCAAGGUUAGCUUACAUCUGAAAUGCUUGUUAGCUUAUAGCUAGCAAGUGAUGAUGGCAGAAUUAUAGCAGCUGUAAACCUUUCACAGGACUUCAAAAAUCCCCCUGGAUUCUCUUUUCAUUUUGAGCAUUUUUACACCUGCACACCAGAAUUAUUUGUUUUAAAUCCUGCAACUAUUUCAUGAAUGAGUCCUAACCUGAAUUCGCGCUGCUUGAAGUAAGAUGUGUCUAGUGCAGUUCCUUCUUUUAUGAUUGUAUUUAGUAUUUAUAAUAAUAAUAAGGUGACUUAUAUGCUCCGUAAUACACAUUAUUAUGAUGAGAUUGAGCAUUAAAUCACGAGAAUGAGAGUUAGCGCUCAUCAAAAAGGAUGCCUUCGUCGUUCUCCUCAGUUUGUCCUGUUCAGCGUGUCGAUUAGCUGACCAACACCCGGGUGUAACAACUACCACGAGUGCCCUGUGUUUUUGGUGGACAUCGGAGUCUCAUGGCUGGUGUGAGUGGAUCCAGCAUGUUGAGUGGUCCGGUGGUAGCAGGAGCACAGCCUGCCCUGUCCCUCAGCAACAUCUCGGCGGCCCCCAGUGCGAACCCUGGCGCUGACACCCGGGGCUGUGAGAAUGGGGCCCUCAUGGACUCCUUUGGGAUUUUCCUGCAAGGUCUCCUGGCUGUGAUGGCCUUCAGCAUCCUUAUGUUAAAACGUUUUCGGGAGCCCAAACAUGAAAGACGACCUUGGAAAAUCUGGUUUCUAGAUACUUCUAAACAGGCAAUAGGAAUGCUAUUCAUUCACUUUGCUAAUGUCUACUUGUCUGACCUCACGGAGGAGGAUCCUUGCUCGCUAUAUCUCAUAAAUUUUCUACUGGAUGCUUCUUUGGGGAUGUUGAUAAUUUACGCUGGUGUACGAGCUGUCAGUGCAAUAGUUGAGUGGAGGCAGUGGGAAUCUCUGCGUUUUGGUGAAUAUGGGGAGCCUGUACAAUGCACCGCUUGGCUUGGUCAGUGUAUCCUCUACAUUCUCAUUAUGAUGUUUGAAAAAGUUCUCAUCAUGCUAGUUCUGCUCAUCCCUCAGUGGAAACAGUUGGCUGUGCUCAACCCCAUUAACAACCCUGAAUUGGAGCUUGCAAUUGUCAUGCUUAUUGUUCCGUUCUUUGUGAAUGCCCUAAUGUUUUGGGUUGUUGAUAACUUUCUUAUGAAGAAGCACAGAACAAAGGCAAAGCUUGAAGAAAGGGAAGAAGACUCACGGGGCAAUGGCAAAGUUCGCUACAGGAGAGCCAUGUCACACGACGACUCUGAGUCUGAGAUCCUCUUCUCAGCUGAUGAUGAGAUGGAUGAAUCGGAAGAGGAUGAUGUCCGUCGUCUCACCGGCUUAAAGACUGUUAAGAAAAAGAAACAUCGUAUGGGGAUACCAGUUUGACCUGUGCCUCCAAAAACUUGUUUUGAGUCUAUGGUAGCAGAUCACCUCACAACAGAGUCCACAUUCCCCUUUACUGAACAGACUGAGAGGUACGCAAAGGAAUGCAUCAAGGGAACUACCUUAAACUUUUUUUUUUCAUUCUUUUUUUUACAGGGAACUAAUAUAGUAACCUGUCAGCUGUGGAUGUCUGUUACCAUUUUGCAUAAUAAUGAUUCCUUUUUCAUACUAUAACCACUUCUUCCUACUACAUUACACAUUUUACAAAUUACAUCAAUAAACUACUGAAAACUCAUACAAAUUAUGGAUUAUGAUAAAUAUGAAAAGUUACACAUCAUGUAUUUAUGGGUAAUGGUUUAAUAACAGUAAUACAUUUGAGGCGCCUGUCCAGACACUCAAGGUCACCAUACAGCAAUUUAAAAUACAGAAUAUACAAUACAACAGUUAUUGUUUGUCUCUCAACUACUCGUUCUUCACUGUCCUGUAAUCUGUGUAUUUGUGUAAAAAUCAUGUGGUCAAAAUGGAAAUUACUGUAAAUGAACAUUAGAACAAUAAUAAAAACAUCAGUAAAAGGGGAUGAUAUUUUGAAAGAGAUGAGAGGAAAAAAUGCCAUCCACUCCAGAUAGAGAUGUGUGUAACUUACCAUUUAAUUGAUUUUUGACCAUUUCCUAAAUUACAUAUGGUUAGUUAUUUAGCAAAUAAUAUGUUUUAAAGUACACUAAAUAAAAUAUACAGCAGACUAUAACUUUAAUAUGCAAAGACAUCCUGAACAUUUUCAGUAUUUACUACUGUGUUACUUUCAUGUAAUGUAGAAAGAUAAUUUUUGAUAUGUGGGGUUGUAAGAAAACUAAAUAAUCAGCCAUCUAUUUUAAAAAGACCAAUGUGUCCCACAGUGAGCACAGAACAGUUAUCUGUUAUUUGAAAUGCUUUGACGUUCUCUGUGUGUUGUCUGAGCCUUGUCUUAUACUGUAUUUAAAUUUUUUGGGCCAAAUUUUGAACAGCUUUGGUAAAUUGUUUGAUUCUUUUAUGUUAUUGUUCAGGAAUUUGCACAAUCUGUUUUUUUGUUGGGUUUUUUUCCCUUUGUAUUUGUGUUAAAUAAUGUGCCUGAGUGAACUUACCAGCAGGUGAUUUAUUUUGUGUUUUAUUCUGUUUUUUUAUAUUAUAUUUGAUCUAUUCCACCAGGGCCUUGGGGACUUCAGCUGGCUCUGAUCUCAUGAAUGUGACAUGCAUAGACCCAUAAACUGUUAAUGACUAUGGACCAGGACCAUGCGGGAAGUAGUUAGUUACUUGAGUGCAGUUUAUUUUUGUUUGUAUUUUACAACUGGGUAUUUGUGGUGGGGAUGACAGAAUGCAUGGCUGAUCUAUCAAUAACACUGAAUGACUAAACAGACUUAUUUCCCAUUAUGAUAUUUUGGGUACAACAAGUCACUGUUUAUUUAUGAAAGUUGUCUGGAGGAUCAUGGUUUAGUAUUGUGUGUUACUACUCAAAUAAAAUGAUAAAUUAUUAUUAUUGAAGCUUUUCCAAUAAAUAUUGUAACAUAAA